AUGAUAUUUGGAGAGCUCUUCUCAUUUCCUCCGGACACGAAUCUCAAAGCGGAGAAGCUCGAGCUCGGCUGCCCUCCAAUCGCCGAGAAAGGGUUCCGAUCUCCGAGCUCCGACGAUAGAUCUAGCGUUCCAAUCUCUUUGAUCGGUCUGCAGAGUUCGUGGAUCUUGUUGAUUGAACAUAGCUGGAGUGAAAACCCUGCUGCGAGACCAACUAUCAGAGAAAUAAUAGACAGGCUGACUUAUGUUCAAAAGCGGAUUGCUCAUAAGAAGCCAUGGACGGAUGUCACAAUGAAGAUCAUAUCAUUUUCUCAGCAAGGGCCUCGGGGUAUUUGUAUUUUAUCAGCUAAUGGUGUCAUUUCAAAUGUUACACUUCGCCAACCAGAUUUUACUGGUGGUACAUUGACUUAUGAGACUCUUGGCCAAGUACAAGAUAAUAACAAGGAGCUUCAACAAAGUUUGCUUGAAAUGAAAGAGGAGAGGGACCAAUAUUGUGCGGAGAUGAUGCGUCAAAUGAAGAACAUGAUGAUGAGUUUUGAGAGGAGGAUUCUUCAGUAGUCGUAGUUUACCACACAGGACUCACAACCAUUUACUGACGAUCAUGAUGUUGACUUAUAGUUAUAUUUGUCGUAUACUUAUUAUUUUGUGUUGAACAUAUAUACUUAAAUAUUUCUUUUUGUAUGAA